GGAUUAUACCACUGCAUGAUACUAGCGGUUCCAUAUACCCCAUUUGCUCGGCCUGCGUAGGCGCGCCCCGGGGGGGCUAGGUAACCAGGGUAACCAAUCUCUGCUAGGAUCCCACCUCUUGGCCCGGAGCAAACAGGUUCCUCACAGAGCUGCGGAGAGACGCUGACGUCACGCCCUUCCUCCUCUCUCCCCCUCCCUUUCCUUUUUCUCCUUCCCGAAAGCCCUUGAGGCAAAGCUACUGGGCCGUCUAUUUCAUCCCAGUUAGCCGAUUGGCCAGUUCCUCGCACCACGUGCAAGACAAGGCGCUCGCGGAUUGGCUGCUGGGUGCCGGAAGGAAGGAUUGAAGAGUUUGACGGCGGUAGAGGGGAGGGCAAAAGGGAGGGGGUGGGAUUCUGGGAGGCGGAGUAGAAGCUGAGGGUUCUCUGCUGAGCUUGUCGUCUUCUACCUUCCAUCCAUCCAUCCAUCCAUCCAUCUCUCUGUCCGUCCCGGGCUGUGACGGAUCCCUCUGCCUCGGCAGGGAAACACUUGAUUAAGAGAGGGCACCGUCGAUUGGAAGGGCGGCGGGGAAUGGAAGCCGACGACCCGAGCAGAUAUUAUUUUGAGCAAUUUCAAGCAUUUUACCAGUUUCCGUAUUAUCCAAUGAUGGCUACACCUCCCAGCAUGGAGUUUAUGAAUGAACAACCAGCUCUGCCAGAAAUCCCACUCCCACUCCCACUCCCAACCUUUGAACCGGAACCUAUUCCAGAAAAAGGAAGAAAAAGAAGAACCAGAUCUUCGGAGGCAAAAAAGUCAGAGCCGAAAAAACCCGCUGCAACCCCCAGAGCACCCAGGGCAGCCAAAUCCAAGGGGAAACAAGAAAAAAUUACCGACACUUUCAAAGUGAAAAGGAAAGUGGAUCGUUUUAAUGGGGUUUCAGAAGCUGAACUUCUGACCAAGACCCUGCCUGAUAUUUUGGCCUUCAACCUGGACAUUGUCAUUAUUGGCAUAAACCCAGGACUAAUGGCAGCUUACAAAGGGCAUCAUUACCCAGGACCUGGAAACCAUUUUUGGAAGUGUCUCUUUAUGUCUGGGCUGAGUGAGACCCAGUUAAAUCAUAUGGAUGAUCAUACUUUGCCAGGAAAGUAUGGUAUUGGCUUUACAAAUAUGGUGGAGAGGACUACUCCGGGCAGCAAGGAUCUUUCAAGUAAAGAGUUUCGAGAAGGAGGCCGUAUUUUGGUGCAGAAAUUACAGAAAUACCAACCUCGGAUAGCGGUUUUCAAUGGAAAAUGUAUUUAUGAGAUUUUCAGCAAGGAAGUUUUUGGAGUAAAAGUUAAGAAGUUGGAAUUUGGACUUCAGCCUCAUAAGGUUCCUGAUACAGAAACUCUCUGCUAUGUCAUGCCGUCCUCCAGUGCGAGAUGUGCUCAGUUCCCACGGGCACAAGAUAAAGUUCAUUAUUAUAUCAAACUGAGAGACUUGAGAGACCAGCUGAAAGGCAUCGUACCUAACACAGAUGUACAGGAGGUGCAGUAUUCGUUUGAUCUUCAGCUUGCCCAAGAGGAUGCCAAGAAGAUGGCUGUUAAGGAAGAAAAGUAUGAUCCAGGUUACGAGGCAGCGUAUGGAGGUGCUUACUGUGAAAAGGCAUGUGAUGUCGAUCCGCCGUGUGCCUUCUCUUUGGAUGGAACAGGAACAAAUAGUCUAGCCUUAUGUGGAGAACCAACUUUUGGGGACAUUGCAAAUGAUCAGUGGCUGACGCAGUCAUUCACAGACCAGAUUCUGCCUUCCUUCAGUCCCUUCGGGACCCUAGAGCAAGAAGGCGGCUGUGUGUGAAGAUGGCCUCUCGGAGCUCUUGCUACAUCCUGCAGUUUUAAUGCAGCUGCCUAGAAGGGUGCUUCAGUUCACCAACUGAAGCAUUUUAGUAGAACUUUGCUUCUGUCAUUAUUUUCUGAUAGUCCAUUUGUGUGGUAGAAUUAACUUUAUGAACUAGAUAGUUUGAAAACAAACGUAGAUCCUUUUGUAUGUGAGUUUUUAUAUUUAACGUGUUAUUGUUUACAGUUUUUGACAAACUGUAGUCUCAUUUUUGAAGAAAUUAUUUCUUUUGGGAGUUGCUUGUAGUGUGUGCUUUUUUUUUUUUUAAAUAGCCUGUAUAUUUAUACUUCUUUCUUAAAUCUGCAUAUGGCAAGAAAUUCCAGAGUCCUUCUUAUGCCUGAAAAGCACAUCAUGUGCAUGAUUGUCACGGGUACAGACAUAAAUGUGUCAUAAUUCACAUGUGAACAUGAGAUUCCUCACCUGAUGUCCGUGGAGCACGUGCUUUGGGAUUUGGGGGUUUUCCGGUUGUGCUGAUGGGGAAAUCUUAAAUCAUUUCUUUCCUCAAAGUGACCCCUUCCCUACGCGGCCAGCGGUUGGCAUUUCUUGGUGAAGAAGUCUCUUGGCUCCAGGCCGCAGGUCGGAGCCCCCCAGCUUCCCUCCACAGAAGGCCAGCCGCUGGCCACCCCCUCAGAGCCGGCGCGCACAGUCAGCCCGGGGAAUGCAGGUAGGCCAUGGGAAAUCAUGUUCUCAAUGGUUCGUUUGUCACUUGGCAGAUUUUUUACUUGUGUGGAAGAGCAGAGAUACGUAGUUGGGAGGCAAUGACCUUUCUGUCUAGGUGCCUGCCUCUGCUCUCCAUGUUGUGAAUGAUGGAGUGAUGUGUUACUCAAAACACUGUUUUGAGGAGGUCCAUAUAGGUGCUUUUCAUACUUGAAACGUGCAUAAAAUGUGGUGUCUAAUAGAAUAUGAUUUCCCCUGCUGGUCCUAUCUAAUAAGCCAGUACUUUUCAUUCCCUUUCUCCACCAUAAUUCCUUUCUUUGGCAAGAAAGUCUAUUGGUUAGGGUCCACGAAAAGGAUAUUUUGAUGCUUUAUCUUGUGAUUUCCUAGUAUAUAGUGUCCAUGUUGCUCCAUAUGAUCCAUAAUUAUUUCAUCAUGUUAUAUCCAUUCAUCAGUGCCAUUUUUAUUAAAUUCUGACCUGGUCAGAAUACUGAAAUCAUGGAAAGUCCGAACUGGAAGAGAGACCUUGGAGAGGUCUGCUAGUUCAGCUCCCUAAUUUUCUUGUGGGGAAACUGAGACCCAUUGAGUUAAAGUGUUAAUGGCAAAAGUAGGACAAGAUCCUCGUGCCCUUACCCCCAAUCCAGUGCUCUUACACACCACGCUUUUAUAUUCAGAUAGUCUGUGGCUUUUUAAAUAUGAAAUAUUUAUGAUGGUUUAUAGUUGUUGUUUUCAGGGAGUCAUGUGGCUUAACCCUCUCUUUGUAAUAGCUGUUUAAAAAUCUAUCUUUGUGAAAAAUCCUGUUGCUUUUAUUCUUGCUGUGGGCUGUGGUGGAAACUUUCUCCCUUUCCCCUUAAACUGUGUGAAAAAUCUUUGUUCUUUGUUAUUUAAAAUGAUGUACUGUAUUACCGUUUACAUGGAUAUUUUCUUGCAGGUGCUCACAAGUGCCUUGCAUCAGGGAUUAGUAGGAAUCAAUUAUAUUUUCACAAGAAUUAUGUAAAGCAUGUGAUUAGGUACCACUAUAGUAUGUAACUAUUGUAACUUUACAAUAGUUUUGUAUUUAAUUUAAAGGGGAGGGAAAUACAGUCUUUGGAUUUUGUCAUACACCUGCUAGAGAAGUGAGUAUUGGAAAUAUCAAACCACGUGAUACAGCAUUUUCAUGGAAAACGGGAAAACAGUAGUGGUUGUUAAAUUGUCUUAUCUGUCAUGGUCUGAAACUUUUCCAUUAAAUAGUAAUGGAAAAGAUUUUAAAUUCUUUUGAAAGUAUGCCAAUUUUGACAAUAAAAAUAUAGGUGUUCCAUAUCUUUGUUAUUUUCCUGUUGUGUGGGAUUUUAACAUUUUAUUCCCUUUGUUGUAUCUUCGGUUUUAGUCAGAAACUCUCUAAUUAAAAAUAUAUUAAAUGGUA